AUGGGUAACAGGAGAUAUCUGAUCGUCAUCCCAGCUGAACUGACCUUCCCAUCAGUCCAGAGGGUGUGCUUGGACCUGAGAGGGGUGGACAAGCCCAUUCGAGUGGCCUUGACUCUUGUGCAUGCGUCCAGGAGCCUUGUCCUCUUCCGAAGGGUCAUCCUGAACUAUAGGAGCUUAGAAUGCCCCAAGUUUAGGGUCCCAUCUCCCGCUGGGGGCCGGGAGGAGGUUUGCACUGUCCAGCUGACCAUCUCCAACAGCCACUACUUCAAUGUGAAGGAAGAGAAAAAGGUCCUGAUCCGCGGGCGUGACAGCAGCACCUUUGUCCAGACGGACAAACCCGUUUACACCCCAGGGCAGAAAGUGAAGUUUAGGAUUUUGACUCUGAAUGAGGAGUUUGUUCCCCUUGACAGCAAGUACUCUGUGAUAGAACUCCAGGACCCCAACAGUAACCGGAUUGGUCAAUGGCUCGAUGUGCGGCCGAGGCAGGGCAUUGUGGAUCUAUCCUUCCAGUUAGCUGAUGAACCUUUCCUGGGGACUUACACCAUCGACGUGGCCAGCACAAAAGAUUCCAGUACCUUUAGUGCUGAGGAGUAUGUGCUGCCAAAAUUCGAGGUUUUCUUUGAGGGGCCAAUUCAGAUUUACGCAUUGGAUAAAACCUUCUUGCUCCGUGUGUGCGGCAGGUACACCUAUGGGAGAGCAGUGCAGGGCACCAUCUGGGUGACCCUAUGCCAGAAAGCUUGGCGGUACAAGCGACCUCCAAGACACUUUGGCACAGAUAUCUGUGAAGAGUACAGUGGCCAGGUGAGCUGCAGGGGCUGCUUCUCCACUUCUGUGAGCAUGGCAGUCUUUAACCUCACCUCCUACGAGUAUGACAGCAAGCUCAGUGCAGAGGCCUCUCUGGUGGAAGACAGCACAGAGAUGCAAAUCAAUGCCUCUAGCCAAUUUCUCAUCUCCAGGGCAGCGGUGACUGCCACAUUUGAGGAGCUGGAAGAUUACUACAUCCCUGGAGUCCCCUACAGAGGGAAGAUUACGGAUGGCACUGGAAGAGCUUCAUUCAACAUGGACACAACUGCCUGGAAUAGCUCGUCUGUCUCUUUGGAGGGAAGAUUCAAUCUGGAGGAUCUGGUGCAAGAACCUGGGAAGAUUAACGUUGAUUAUGUGAACACUUACCAGUACCUGCAGCCGUUCCAUGUCACAACCAAGAGCUUCCUGAAGAUACACCUGCUGCCGGGAAUGCUGCCCUGCGGGCUGCAGCAGAAUGUCCAGGUUACAUUUGCCCUCAGCCGGAAGGACCUGGGAGAAGGAGCUAGCCACAUGGAUUUCGCCUACUAUGUCACUGGGAAAGCUGGGAUUGUCAUUAGGGGACAGAAGAAUGUACGGAUUGGGAAACUGAGCACACUGAAAGGCUCCUUCUCCAUCCCUUUGACCUUCACCUCUAAUGUCGCACCCGCCCCUUCAUUAGUGGUGUACGCCAUCUUCCCUAGCAAAGGGGUGGCAGCCGACAGCAUCCAGUUUGAUGUUGCCAUGUGCUUCAAAAACCAGGUGAAGAUGGGCUUCUCAGCUAAAGAAACUCUCCCAGGAUCGACAGUCCAGCUCCAGCUUCAGGCGGCUUCUGGCUCAGUGUGUGCAGUCCGGGCAGUGGACAAGAGCGUGCUCCUCAGGAGGCCAGAGAAAGAGCUGACCAACCAAACAGUCUAUGAGUUAUUCCCUUUCAUACACCGCCAUGGGUACCCCCACCAAGUUGAGGAAUACCCAGAUCUAUGUGUGCAACCUGCACCUUUAUUACCACUGGUGUCACGGAGGCCUUGGUAUCCCUAUCAGCCGGAUGUCUUUAACCUCUUCAGGAGCGUAGGCCUGAAAAUCUUUUCCAACCUCAUGAUAAAGAAGCCAACUCAGUGCUAUUAUCCCAUGGACAAGAGGCCGACAGCACCCCCACUAAGGCCCAUCGGCAGCCUAGAGGCUCCUCCAGAAUCCACUAUCCCAGGGAGAGUUCGCCGGUAUUUCCCUGAAACCUGGCUCUGGGAUUUGAUCUCUGUCAGUCCCACUGGACACAGGGACGUCCCAGUCACAGUGCCUGACACUAUCACCGAGUGGAAAGCUGGGAUGUUCUGCGUGGCCAAGCUGGGCUUUGGACUUGCCCCAACCACGAGCCUUGUGACAUUCCACCCCUUCUUUGUGGAUGUGACGCUGCCGUACUCUGUGGUCCGGGAAGAGACCUUCACUCUAAAGGCCACAGUCUUCAACUACCUGCAGCAAUGCAUCCAGAUCCAAGUGUCCCUGGCUAAAUCCCCAGACUUCUGGCUGGAGCUAUGCAGGAGCUGCAGGUACAUCCACUGCCUGUGUGCAGAAGAAUCCAGAACCUUCUCAUGGAACAUGACAGCCACAACAUUGGGGGUAGUGAAUAUAAUGGUCAGCACAGUGGUGAUGGACAACAUACCACAGUGUGGAGGCAGGAGGAUCUUCCCCCGAGCAAUGCCACGGAAGGAUACACUGGUCAAACCCCUGCUAGUCCAGCCAGAGGGAGUGCUCGUGGAGAAGGCUCACAGCUGCCUGCUGUGCCCUAGAGGAGGAAAUACAGUCAAAGACCCUGUGUCCCUCACCCUCCCUGCUAAUGUAGUGAAAGGAUCAGCCAGAGCUACCAUCUCUGUCUUGGGUGACAUCAUGGGGACGGCGCUGCAGAACCUGGACUGGCUGGUGCAGAUGCCCAGUGGCUGUGGGGAGCAGAACAUGGGGCUGUUUGCCCCCAUCAUCUACGUGCUGCAGUAUCUGGAGAAGACGGGGCAGCUGACCCCGGAGAUCAGGGAGAGGGCAACGGGAUUCCUGCACAGCGGGUACCAGAGGCAGCUCCUGUAUAAGCACAGCCAUGGUGCUUACAGUGCCUUUGGGGAGCGUGAUAGAGAGGGGAACAUGUGGCUGAUGGCAUUUGUGGUUAAGAGUUUUGGACAAGCCAAAAAAUCCAUCUUCAUAGAUGACAAGAACAUUCAAGAUGCCUUGAAAUGGCUGGAGCUUCACCAGCUUCCCAGUGGCUGCUUUACCAACAAAGGGAGGCUCUUCCACUCUUCCAUGAAGGGUGGUGUGAAUGAUGAGAUCUCUCUGGGGGCCUACAUCACUGCAGCACUGCUGGAGCUGGGGCAGCCACUGAAGGGCAGCAUGGUGCAGCCCGCCUUACGUUGCCUCAUUCACGCCGUUCACAAUGUCACCAACAUUUACACGGAAGCCGUGUUGGCCUAUGCCUUCGCCCUGGCCGGGGACUAUGAGGUGACCCAGGAGCUGCUGUACAAGCUGGAUGAACAGGCCAUCAGAUCAGGAGGCCAAAUCCACUGGAGCCCCAAUCCCAGCUCCCCGGCUGCCACAGAUUUCUGGCCUGGGACUCAGUCAGUGGAUGUUGAGCUGACAGCCUAUGUGCUCCUGGCUUACGUCUCCAAACCACGCAUAAACGCAGAGGACAUGGCCACUGCUGCCGGCAUCGUGGCCUGGUUGGCCCGGCAGCAGAAUGCCCACGGAGGGUUUGCUUCCACCCAGGAUACGGUGGUUGCACUGCAGGCCCUGGCUAAGUAUGCAGCCCGGACAUUCAGCACAUUGGCACAGGUGACAGUGACGGUGAAGUCUCAGGGGAACUUUGAGAGGAAGUUCCAGGUCACUCACAAGAACCGGCUGCUGCUGCAGCAAGCAGUGCUAAUGGAAAUCCCCGGGGAGUUCUCAGUGCAGGCCCAGGGCAGUGGCUGCGUCUAUGCCCAGACAGUGCUGAGAUACUAUGAGCCUCCUCCAUGAGUCUCCAUGACCUUCUCUCUGCGCGUCACCACACAGCUGAUCGACUGCGCCAAGGGCAAUGCGCGCUUCCUCACCGUCCACAUCCACGUCAGCUACAUCGGGAGCAGAGUCACUUCCAACAUGGUGAUUGUGGAGGUCUCCCUGCUGUCUGGAUUCAGUCUGGCUUCGGGCUCCCGCAUAUCGCUGCAGCAGAGACCCCUCAUUAGGAAAAUGGAGGUGAAAAUUGAUGCAAUCUUCAUUUAUCUGGAGAAACUGAGCGAUGAGUCACAGACUUUUGUCCUGCAACUGGAACAAGAGAUUGAGGUGAAGGGCCUGAAACCAGCCAACAUCAAAGUCUAUGACUACUACCAGCCAGAGGAACGAGCCCUGGCUGACUAUAACACUGCCUGCAGCUGAGCACAGGGGGGAGGAGGCUGGAUAGAAGCGAAGCAUCCAGCAGUGACUCCCACCACAGCUUGAUAACCUUCCUGCAGCCUCCUGCUGGGAAGUGGGGAAGGCAAUGGCUGUGCUGCAUUGUAGGGAACCUGUGAGGGAUUCAUGGAGGA